GAGUGUUUUCAUUCGCAGGUUCUGAGUCUAUACAAAAAUUGAACUGGGCCGGGUGCGUGAUCUGAGGGAAAAGAGGACAAUAUAGCUGGACAAUUGAGCGGUAGUUUGCAUGAAUUUAUCGUCAAAAACAUAAUGGAGCUGUUAGGAUUUGACUUGUCAGUGACUUGGCUGCUGGUCAUUGGUCUCGUUCUCGUGUCAGUUUGGUAUGAUUGGUGGUGUCACCAGUAUUUCCAGAGGCGUGGUAUCCCUGUAGCCGACUACAUUCCUUUCUUUGGGAACAUACUGCAAUUUCGUCAUGGCGUCCAGUUUACUUGGACCGAGUAUGUGAAAAAGCACGGAAGAGUCGUCGGGAUGUAUGAUUUCCGACGUCCAGUUCUGAUUAUCAACGACCCUGACAUUUUGAAGAAUGUCUUGGUUAAGAAUUUCUCAAGUUUCCACAACCGCAGGAUAUCCCCACUCGGGCAAAAGCCCUUGAACAGAGGCUUGACUCAGCUUGUGAACGAAGAAUGGAAAGAGAUACGCAACGUCAUCACUCCGUCAUUCAGUGCCUCCAAAAUGAGACUGAUGUCGGAGACGAUCAAUGAAUGUUGUGAUACCUUGGUGGCAAGUUUCAGCAAGGCCCAGGAGGGAGGAAGAGCCGCCGACUGCAGAGUGUUGUUUGGUGCUUUCACCAUGGACGCCAUUGCGAGGUGUGGAUUCGGCCUCAAAGUUGACUCCCAGCAGAACAAGGAUGAUCCUUUCGUCAAGAACGCCAAGAACGCCUUCGAUUUCAGCCUCUUCAAUCCCGCUUUCUUAAUCGUCUCCGCCUUCCCCGCUCUGUCACCCAUCUUUGCUUAUCUCAAAUUCGACAUGUUUGACCCGGAAGUUAUGAAAUUUUUCAUGAACGUCACGGAGGCCGCGUGCAACAUGCGCAAACAGGAGGGUCAGGAUGCGUCAAAGCACAUCGAUUUGUUGCAGCUGAUGCUGAACGCCCACGAAGACGAGGAACACGAGGAGGAAGACACGCCCACCGCAGAGAGCGGUCAGAACAAGGGCACCGCCCAUCGCAGGCCACUGUCAACAGUGGACGUCAUGGCACAGGCUGUCACCUUUUUCCUGGCUGGUUACGAGACUACCAACACGCUGCUGUGCUUCACUGCCUACCUGCUGGCUACCAACCAAGACACGCAAGAGAAACUGCACGCUGAGAUUGACAACCUGGCUCCCACACGUGACAACCUCGGCUAUGACGUCAUCGCCAAGAUGGAGUACCUGGACAUGGUGAUCAAUGAAUCACUGCGCAUGUAUCCCCCAGCAGUCGCCUUUGAACGUAUGUGCAACGAGACAUUUUCAUACGAAGGUCUUACUAUCGAAAAGGGAAUAAACGUGAUGGUCAGUCUCUGGACCUUACACUACGACGAGGAAUUCUGGCCAAACCCGACCAAAUUUGACCCGGAGAGGUUCAGCCCUGAGAACAAGGCAUCCAUCAAACCGUGCACCUACAUGCCGUUCGGCUUCGGUCCUCGUAACUGCAUCGGUAUGCGCUUUGCCUUGCUGGAAGCCAAGAUGGCGCUGGUCCGUGUACUGCAGCAGUAUCGCUUCGAUGUCUGCUCAGAAACCGAGAUCCCACCCAAGCUCGGUAAGGCUAUCUUCCUUGCUCCGAAGAUUAUGAAGCUCAGUGCAGUCCCAAGAAACUAGGCAGCAACCGCGGAUGACAGAAGAGCAAAUUCUUCUAUGAUCUCUGCCUUAAGAGGAUUUAAAGACGUUCAUGUUGUGUGUCAUUAUGUUUUAAGCAAUCACUCAUUUUAGCAAAUUUGUAGGACCAGCUAGGCAUGUGUGCCACUUUUGUGGAAUUAAUAUAGCAACAAGUUAAUUUGGAUCUUUACACUUCGAUGCUUAAUGCAAACCCAAGUAAGGCCUAUUUUAUUCGUUUGCGAUUUUGUUUUUGCAAGGCUAAUAAUGUGAUGAAGAUAAAAAUUAGCUUCGAUGUAUAGGUUUUUUCCGGCCAAUUUCGCAAAAAUAGCAUUCGAAUUCAUCUUGAUAGUGGCCAAUUUGAAGCGAAGUAGCGCCUUGUAGUCAUUCUUUUGGUCCGUAUUAAAUUUCAGGCGUUCAAAUUCGUUUUACGACCUGACAUUAGCAUGUUUAACAUAUCCUCAAUUUAGCAGUAGGUUUGGUUUAGGGUUAUUUGCAUGCGAUUCUUGUUUUCGUUUUUAUUUCCGCGCAUUCUAUUUAGCACUUUUUCAUUCAAAAUAAAAGUCAAUGAAGGUAUACGAUGCGAGUCUUUU